ACAAGGGCACGGGCUACAAUCCCAUGAAGCCUUGCGAAUGAUGUCAUUGAGUAAAAAACUAUGAGAAUGCAUAUAACUUGAUUUUAGGUUUCUGAUUAUAAGUAUAGAAACAAUAUAUUUAACGUUUAUUGCAAAAUAUUCCGAUAUGUACAAAUAAGAAGUUUAAGGUGAAGAGACACCGACUGGAUUGCAUCAUUCACAAUGCGUCAAGGGAGCGCGCGUUCGCUCCGAAACAUGUUUCGCGGGUUUUCGUUUGCCGCUGUUCUCUGAUUGGUGAAACUUUUUCUGCUGUAACAUGGGUAAUGUAGUUUACAAUGAAUUCCGCUAUCUUAAUGCAGAAGGAUAUCUUCAACCGAAGCAUAUUCCUUCGAUGAACAAACUCGUAGCUCACGGUAGGUCAGUGUUUAAAGGUUUAUUACAAUUUAUUGUUGAAAAUCAGUUCAUGGUAAAAAUUAGUGGGAUUUUUACUUCAAGAACAAGACUUGCGCUUGUCUCAUGAUGACAAUGUAUUAGAUAUUUUGUGAAUGAAACUUGGAGUAAUAUGUAAGAUUGACAUCAAGAAUUUAAAAUGGGUACUCCAAAUUCAAACUAUUGGAGAGAGUUGUCAACCCCGCCCGCUCCGCGCAACAGGAACAAGUAAACUGACUAUGGCAAGUGGACAAGCCUAACACUAAUCAGCUGAUGUAUACGUUUGCAAUGUUUUUAUUGUUUGCAAUUUAUAAGCCAGCUCAUGUGGAUUUUUUUUAUAACUCUGUCAAGGUUAGCUAGAUGUAUUGCUGGCUUCCAUGGCUGCAGCUCUCUGUGUUUUCCCACUAGUGUCAAAUCUGGCAAACCGGGGGUGUCGAAAUACUAUUGGAAAUGGGCAGUGGGCGGGAUCACACAGGCCAAAACACAAACGGAAAUUCUAGCCCGGAAUGGAUAUUUCAAAGUAGAAUAUACUGGCUGUAGCAUUGUUUUCAGAAAAAAAUUAAAAAAACAGUAUUUCAACGUGGCAUAUUUCCUAAAUCUCUAAUAACAUAUGAUAAUUUUAUGCUUUAGUACAGAAAAUAUAUUACAUAAUGCUCCUUUAAUCCUGAAGUUAGACCUGCAAUUUAAAGCAACUAUAUCGCGUCAUUGUCUGUCUUGGUAACCUAGCAACAAGGCUAACAGAAACAUGACUCCGCGGAACCUGACAGACGGUUAAUUUAUAUAAACUUGUAGUUUAGCUGAUUAAUAAUUGCGGUUUUUUUUUUCUUCUUCUUCUUUCUGAUUGGUAGACCUCUAUUGAAAUAUUUACGUUUACAGAAUAAUUUGAGAAAUGCCUUAUCACGCAUGUAAUCCAAAACGAAUUCCCGUUGAAAAGAUUUAAUGUUAUUGAUUAAACGUGAUGGACAACAAUAAUCCUGAGAAGCAGAUGUCUGCUCCUCGUAUCUUCGUCGAGAGAACUUUGGCUUUAAUCAAACCUGAUGCCAUCCAUAAAGCUGAUGAAGUCGAGGACAUAAUUCUUCGAUGUGGGUUCACAAUCCUGCAGAAACGAAAGCUUCACCUGAGUCCCGAGCAAUGCAGUGACUUUUACAUUGAGCAUUAUGGGAAGCUGUUUUUUCCCCAUCUGACUGCCUUCAUGAGCUCUGGACCAGUUGUUGCACUAGCACUGGCCAGACAUCAGGCUAUUGCCACCUGGAAAAGUAUAAUGGGACCAGUCAGCAGCAUUAAGGCCAGAGAGACACAUCCUGACUGUCUGCGAGCGAGAUUUGGCACAUGUGACCUUCGGAAUGCUGUGCACGGAAGUGAAUCCUCCUUUGCAGCUGAGAGAGAGAUCAGAUUCAUUUUUCCCAACUCUGUGAUUGAACCCAUUCCGAUGGGAGACACAACCAAAGAUUACCUGAGCCGGUACGUCAGCCCAACACUUCUCAAUGGACUGACAGAGCUGUGCAAGAGGAAACCAGCAGAUCCUUAUACGUGGCUUGCUGACUGGCUGUUAAACAAUAACCCUAAUAAACCCAAAAUAUCUGCUGGGACAGUUGUAGAAGAAUCAGAAUAAUCACAAAAAAAGAUACAGUAAUUUUUUUACUAUAAAUCUUGCCAUCCUACCACACCUGAAGUCGCAAGUUCGAAUCCAGUGCGUGCUGAUUGAUUCCAGUCAGGCUUCCUAAGCAACCAAUUGGCCUGGUUGCUAGGGUGGGUUGAGUCAUGGUCGCUAUAAUGUGGUUCUCGCUCUCGGUGGGGCGCGUGGUGAGUUGUGCGUGGAUGCUGCGGAGAAUAGCGUGAGCCUCCACAUGCGCUAGGUCUCCGCGGUAAGGCGCUCAACGAGCCAUGUGAUAAGAUGCACGGAUUGAUGGUCUCAGACGUGGAGGCAACUGAGAUUCGUCCUCCACCACCCAGAUUGAGGCGAGUCACUAUGCCACCACGAGGACUUAGAGCGCAUUGGGAAUUGGGCGUUCCAAAUUUUGGACAAUCCAAAACAAAACAAAAAAAAAUCUUGCCAUCUGCAGUCUUAUAUGCGAUCAUGAUUUGUAGCUUGAUUACACUUCCUCGCGAGUGCACAGAGCUUGAGGAAGUGUAAUCGAACUUCAAAUAAAAACUAAUUGUAUUGCUUCAAAAGACAGAUUAGAGCACUCAGAUUGUUUGGCUUGCUUUUAUGCAGCCUUUAUGUCUAUUACGGAGCUUGAAAAUUUUGGACCCCAUUGACUUACGUUGUAUAAACAUAGACAAACACACACAACAUACCAUAAGGGUGAGUAAAUGAUUUUAUCAUUUUGGAUGAGCUAUUCCUUAAAUCUUAUACUGUUAAUUCAUUUACUUUUCUCUGUAUAAUUUCUUUCUUUU